UUGAACCUCAGGGGAGAGAGUAGGACGAUUUCUUCCCUUUUUUGGGAAAUAAUGCUACGUUUUCGUCUUCAUGACUUUGUCAAAAACCUCUUUGUAACAUCUCCACGGUGAUUUCAGGAUGUCUGCGUCCAUGAGAGCCAGCUCAGCGCCGGGGUCAUCGAGGCAGGUGCAGCCGCUGGACAGCACAGCAGAGAGAAGGAAGACACAACCACCUCCCGUUGACAGCCACAUCAUCCCAGAUGAGCUGCUGGUCAGCCUCACCUCCACGGUCUGCAGCAGGAGCACGCCGGGGCACACUGCGCACAAUCGCCACUGCAAGGGCUGUGGAAUCAGACGACCAGAUGCAGUCUGGCAUCACCCGCUGGGACGCAAGAAAUACAAAUUCUUUCUGGAACAGCCAACAUCACUCACUGGAGCCGGCAGGGAUAUUUCCUUCCUGUGUGAUGCUAUGGUAGCCCAUAGGAAGACAACACCCCUGCCACCCCUGACAGAGAGGAGUGCCAAUGGAGACACACAGAACUACUGUGUCUCAGAAAGUGUGAUCCCAGAAGAAUAUCACAUUGUGAAAAACAAAGGGCUUCGGAGCCUGGAGUUCUUUGAGGAUGCGUUCACAGUACAGCUGCAGGAUGAUGAGCAGAAGCUGCGGGUCUUCCCUUCGCUGAGGCCCAGCGGCAGACUGGAAGUGGUCCAGCUGACGCGGAUGAUGGAUGACAUGCUGAAGAAGGCAGGAGUGGAUCAGCAGAGUGAGGAGCUGACAGAGCUCUCACAGAUGGAGGGUUUGCUGGAGCUGGUGCAGGUUGAGCAGAACAUCUACAACAUUGUUUUCCAUGAACUGAUAAGGCAGGUCAGCGUGGGCUGUGCGGAGAGAGGACAGCUGCUAGCAAAACUCAGACAGCGCUACCAGACGCUGCUCCAGCGAAUCCCCAGUCGUCUGAAGGCUCUGCACGCUGAGGCCGUGGCACAGCGGGCUCUGGACCGCCGGCUCACUGAAGAAAUCCACCGCAUCAAGAGAUCCAUCCAGCAGCUCAACGCGGAACUGUCUAGAAUCAGAGACCAUGAUCACUCCGUUUCCCAGCAGGCAGAGUGUGCUCACCAACAGCUGGCUGGAGCGCUUGAGCAGACUAAUAUCAACUCAGAUGUGGUCCAGGGUUACCAUGAGCUGUACGACCUGCAGAGGGGUCGCCUGGAGGCUCAGCUGCUCCAGAUGACGGAGGAGAGGGACUGCUGGAGCCAGAUCACAUUCUGCCUGGCCCUCAAGGUGAUCAGUGUGAAGAAGCUGCAGCUGAUCAGUCGGCUGCAUAUCAUGGAGCAGAGCUGGUUUAAGACGGCAGAGCACUGCAGCCUCAACAUUGCUUUCAAGGACACAGAGGACAUGAAUGCCAUCAUGAAGCUCAGUGACUACUGGAAAGAGCAGCUCACUGUGUUUAUGUCCCAGCUGAAGAACACUGAGCAUGCUCAGUGUGAACAGAUCAGUGCCAUCCAGCAAGGCAUUGCUAAGUGUCUGGACUUCUGCUUCACAAAUAACAAGUUCCCUGACCUGCAAUAUGAAAAAGCUUCUUUGGAAAAGAUUCAUGCUGAUGUGAAGCAGUGGGCAAUUCUGUUGUCUCUCCAGUGUGACUGCUACCAAGGUGAGAAGCUGCUCUGCUGCCAGCAGACACUGGGAGAGCUUGGCAGUGUGCAGGAAAGAUGGCUGACUAUGAGCCUUGAGCUGCUCAGAAGACACCUUUCUCCUGAUGGGGAACCCAGUGAAGGCCAACAGGCCCUAAGAGAGCUUGACAGGGUCCUGUCAGAGCUCCUCAAACAGCUGGACAGUCGAGUCAGUGGAGAGAGUGGUAUCCAUGGACAGAUGAUGUCACUGCUCGGGUUUAUGGAGUCCCGGAUUUCCAAACUCGGUGUCCUGAUUGGCCGGUCAGAAAUGAUGUCCGCCGCUGAUUGGCAGAAGCUGGAAAGUUCACUGGGAAGUUGGCAGAGUUUGACCAAAAAAAUAUUUCAAAACGUCCUCAGUAUACAGACAGAGAACGAAAAGGACAAAAACGAGCCGGACAUAUAUACAGAGACAGAACAUGUUUUAGACAAAGUAAAGGAGUUCAUAAUCAGCGUUUCCAACUUCGCUGAUGGUGAGAACCACAGAAUCAGUGAAGAGGUUCAUUCUAUUCACAUGGCUCAGACCCGCUGGAUGUUGGAUUUCAUGCUCCUCAUGGUACCUAACCACAGCGAGGACCACAGCCAAGAACAGGAACAUCAUUACAUUACAACCAUCUCACUACAGACACUGGUAGAGGAUGCCAAGACGCUGACUGAGAAACUAGACGUUUCUUCUGCAUAUAUCAGCAGCUCCUGCAAGCUGAUUCUUGAGGAACAUACUCUGCAGAACCCACUUAGAGUUGACGGUGACAAUGAGAUGAGCGAGUGCAGAAAGCUACAGAGGGAGUGCACUGAUUGGGUGGAGACCUGCAGAACCCUGCUCUCAAGAUUGACAGGCGGUCCUGUGGAGCUUCCGGCUGACCCCGCCUCCAGCAGCAAUGUCCCGCUCUCUCCAGCUGACAGCACCGAGAGUCUGGUGAACCAAGAUGUUUCAGCAGAGGCUACAGCAGAGGUCGAAGAUGAAACUGAGGUAGAACCCAGACUGUGCACUGCUGAAGGACAGGAUGAACAACAAGAGGGGGAGCUAACGGUGUGUGAGAGCCCAGUGGUGAAACUGAUAAACUAUGAUGGAAACAUUACACAAAGAAAGCUGGGAGAGAGCAGUGUCCAGCUGAAUGGGACUGAGUUGGUUGUGUCUCCAACAACAGAUGAAUCCAAGAAAGCUUUUAGUGAUCUGACCACAGUGGGAUUACUGCAGCAGGAAAUACAGGAUUCAGAGCUGAGGGUCCAGAGUGCAGAGCAGCGAGCCCUGAAGGCUGAGGAAGCCCUGCAGGCAGCGCUGGAGAAGACUAAGCACCUGGAGAGACAACUGCAGGGCCGGCCCAGUCUGGAGCCAACAAGUACAGAAGAGAAAAAGAAAACACCACCACCUACUCCAAAACCAGUAAAAACCCCAGCUCCUCCAAAGGAAACUGCAGUUGAAGCCAAACCAUCAAGCAGCUCCAAAAAUACCAAGAAACGGUGAUUUGAAUAAGAUCAGGACAUGUCACAACGUUAUAUGUAUGUCCAGUAAAUGUCUAGUGAACUAUUUAAAAAAAUCACUUAAAGAG